CCUACCCACGACUUUCGCCCUUCUCCAAAUUCCUCCUGCUGUGUGUCCUGCCAGAAACCAGACCUUCGCGGUCCGGCAGUGAAGAAGAGGCUCAACAUUCCCGUCGGCAAAACCAGCGAGAGAGACAUCGACAUACCACCGCCUCGAUCAUUCUCUUGCCUCUUCCGCAUCCAUUCACAUUCACCUCGAUCUGUCCCGUCCCGCCCGCCGCCUUGUUCCCUGUCUCGGGCACCUGCUUCACCGAUCCUCUCUCUCUACCUCUUUCUCGGCAUCACCACCACCACCACCACGACGCGCUCCAGGAGAGACAGCCGAGACAGACACCGCGCCAACACCCGCGACGAAUACGAUAAACCUACCGAUUGAUUCCAUUGCUCCCCAGUCAAUGUUCACCUGAACCAUUCAUCCCAUUUUCAAAGAAAUGGCAAUGCUAGCCCCCAAAACCGCUUUCGCGCCGCCCCUGGGCUCUGGUAACCCCAUGAUGCCCAACCUUUCGGCCGGCUCCGUGCCGCCCUCACGACGUGCCCCUUCCGUUCCCAACCAGACAACCGCUUACGCGAGCCCGACCGAGUCCGAGUUUUCCGAGAGCGACGGCCCCGACGCCGUCAAGAACUGGGACGAAGACAAGGUCUGCGAGUACCUCAGGAGCGCCAAGUGCGGCGAGUACGAAAAGCUCUUUCGCAAGAACCAUAUCAAUGGCGAGAAUCUCCUUGAGCUCGACAAGGAUGUCCUCAAGGAGAUGGGCAUCGACAAGGUCGGCGAUCGCGUCCGAUUGUUCCUCGGCAUUAAGAAGUUGAGGACCAAGGCCUAUGCCAACCAGAAGAAACGGAAUAGAGAUUCGUUUGGUGGUCUCGACCAGUUCACGCCCUCUUCCGGCGGCUCGCCCCGCCCUUCUGCCUCUGCCACCCGCCCCGCCCCCGCCCCUUCCAUGAACAAACGCUACUCGAGACAAUACGACACCAUACCCCUUGAGAGCACUUCUUCCCGUCCCAACUCGCCCCUCCCCGGAUCCGAUGCUAUCCGACCCCUGCGCACGCGGUAUGGCCAAAGCCCCGGCUACGUGAGUACCGCCGGGCAGUCCGUCCCCCAACCCGGCCGAUUGGUAACUUCCCAUACCAGGAAUAACUCCAGUAUGGAUGGUUCACUGAUGGCUGGCUUACCGCAGAAUCAGGAUGUCAUCCGCGUCAUUUCCACCGGUGGUGUCACUAAAGUUGUCAAGAUCGCCGACUGCAACACGUGUGAAGAAGUCAUGCGAGUCACCCUUAGAAAGUUUGCCUUGCGGGAGGAUCAUGAGCGGAAUUACUGUUUCUGGGUCCUGGCCGGCAUUGAGCCCGACCCCAAUCAGUGCCGUCGCCUCGGUGAUACUGAGCUCUGGCGUAUCAUCAAGGACCAGAAGCGCCCUGAGCGGAACCGCUUGAUUCUCCGCCGCGUCCCCGCCGGCGAGCCGGGCAUGCCCGAGCUCGAAAGAGCUGCGGGCAUCGCCAUCGAAGAGGCUCAGCAAAACCACAGCCGCGCCCUCGAGACCGUCGACAAGAGGAGCCAGAUGAAGGUCCAGAAGCUACUCGGCGAGAGAUGGAACGAUGAGCUUCAGCAUCCGCUUUCCCCCGUUUCCUUCCACGACCGGGAGCGCAACGUCUACAACACGGCCAAGGAACUCGAGCGUCCCGCCUCCAACGACGGCCCCAGAUCGAGCGGCGGGCCGCGUAGGAAUAAGGGCCUUCUGCGGUCGUUCGGCGGUCUGCGCCCUCCCAGUGAGCUCAUCGCCUCCGACCUCACUUCAUACUUCCCCGACCACCCCAGAGAGGAGAUUGACCGGACCGCGCGCUUGUCCAUGAGACGAUCGACUCGCUUGAGCAAGGUGAACAGCCGUCUGAGCGUGGCAAGCAACCUGAGCUUCGCGUCCAGCAUCCAAGACGCUCCGCCCAUUCCCACCAUCGCGGACAGCUGGCUUCAUGCUGGUAGCGCCCCCAAGGCUCGUUCUGGUCUACGUGUGGCCCAUUUCCGUGAUUCCGUCGCCUCUUCGGUACUUGGCACGUUGCAGGAGGAAUCGCCCGUGGAGCCGAACCGCAAGUCGUACGUGUCGUUUGCCGACAGCUCCGACGGCGCUAGUGCGGCCGCUCUGAGCGUUACCGACCCGGAAGGCAACAUCACUCGACGUAGUUAUUUUGAUGCCGACGGCUCCACCGGGUCGGGGUCUCUCAAGGAUCUUACGCAGGCACUGAACGAGGAUGGCGAGGAUGCCGACGAGGAGCUCGAGAGCUUUCUCGCGGGAGAGUCUUGGUCCGACGACAAGUGGAUGAAGGGAGCCAUGAUCGGCCAGGGCUCGUUUGGCUGCGUCUAUUUAGCACUGCACGCCGUCACCGGUGAGCUUUUGGCGGUCAAGCAGGUCGAGGCGCCGGCGCCAGGUGCCAACAGCCAGAACGAUGCGCGCAAGAAGAGCAUGAUUGAGGCCCUUAAGCGGGAAAUCAGUCUGCUUCGCGACCUCCGACACCCGAAUAUUGUUCAGUAUCUCGGUUGCAGCUCGUCGUCCGAGUACCUCAACAUUUUCCUCGAGUACGUCCCCGGUGGCUCGGUGCAAACCAUGCUCAACUCAUACGGUGCCCUGCCCGAGCCCCUCGUCCGCAGCUUCGUACGCCAGAUCCUCACGGGUCUAUCGUAUCUGCACGACCGCGAAAUCAUCCACAGAGACAUCAAGGGCGCCAACAUCCUUGUCGACAACAAGGGCACCAUCAAGAUUUCCGAUUUCGGGAUUUCCAAGAAGCUCGAGGCCACCAACAUACUCUCGGGGGCGAACAACAACAAGCACCGCCCUUCACUACAGGGGUCCGUGUUCUGGAUGGCCCCCGAAGUCGUCAAGCAGACUUCCUACACCCGCAAGGCCGACAUUUGGUCGUUGGGAUGCCUGGUCGUCGAGAUGAUGACGGGCACCCACCCUUACCCCGACUGCAGUCAGCUGCAAGCCAUCUUUAAGAUUGGCGGUGGCAAAGCCGCGCCCACGAUCCCGGAUCACGCAUCCGACGAAGCAAAGACAUUUCUUGCCCAGACGUUCGAGAUGGACCACAACCUGCGCCCAAGUGCGGACGAGUUGAUGCUCAGUCCCUUCCUGACUCCCAUCACAUGAUGCGGCGUCACGCAUCCGAUACCCCUUCGAUUCUUUCCGGGCUGUCGCUGCGCCAUUGGAGCGUAGCACGGUCCUUUUUGUACCUACCUAUUUCCCUGACGAACUUUUUUAACCCGUCGGUACUUGACCGGGCGGGCCUUAUAUACCGGAAAAAGGCAGACGAUUGUCUUUUGCACGUGCGAGCGGCCGCUGGAAGGACCCGACAAGGCAUGGACGUGGCUGGACUUCUCUCUUAUAUUACGCAUGGGCUGGCGAAAGGAAGAGAGGGUGCAGAAUCUUCUUUUUUUCUGUGGCAUUAUAACGGUGUCCUAGGGCAUGAAGAAAGAGUGUAUAGUAAUAUCUCGAUGAGAAACGACACCAAAGAUGGAGAAUAAUGAGCCUCGUGUUAGUCAAAGUCGGACGGUAUCUUGUCUCGUGCGAACUGUAAAAAAGAUUUGUG